GCACCAUGCAGUACACUGAUAGCGAGGUCCAUUUAUACACUGCGUACUUACUACUACCUCCAAGCAGCUAGCCAUAGCCACCACCAUCAUACCGCGUUGGCACCAGUGUCAAUAUCAUCCCCGUCACACGUAGCUGCAGGCCUCCAUCAUGAACGACAGUGUGUUCGAGGACAUCGAACAGGACAACAAUCCCUCUUUCUACGGCAACCAGUCCAUCUUGACCGACCCCUAUGGACACCAACAACCGCCUCGAUACGAGCCCCCUACGGGAUCGGACAGCCUCAACCUCGCAGGAUCGGCCCAUAGAAGAGCAUCCUACUCCACGUUGGUGCCCCCCAGCAACGACCUCAUCAACAGCUCCAUUGGGCUCUCCAACCAAAUCCAGGAGUACAUCAACGACCCCAACUUGAAAAUAGAGAUUGUAUCCAGCGAAAGGCUCGUCAAUUCGUCCGUUAUUGUCUACUCCAUCCAAUUAUACAUAGACAAGGGCAAGGACCACCCCGAGAACAACCGCACCUCUAUCAUUGUCAAGAGACGUUACAGUGAGUUCAAGUCGUUGAGAGAUAACCUCUUGAAGCUCUAUCCCACAUUGAUCAUUCCCCCCAUCCCUGAAAAGCAUUCCAUCUUCAGUUUCAUCGUCAACUCAAUCAACAAUUCCAACGAAGUCAACAUAAUCGAAAUGAGAAGGAGAUACUUCAAGAACUUUUUGAACGACCUUAUAUUCGAAUCCUCGACCGAGUUGAGGAAUUGCGUUUUGCUACACAAGUUUUUGGACCCUAACUAUGAGUUGUGCUGGUACAACGCUAUCAACGAGCCUCCCGUGAACUUGAUUCCAGAUAAUUUACUAUUGGCUAAUCCCAUCAACCCCAUUGACCAGAAUGGGCUCUACUCCUUAUUUCCAACCGUCAAUGGGUUUGAUUACCAUUCCAAUAUUGAUAAUUUGAGCUCUUUAAAGCGGUUGAACGAGGACUUAGCAAAUUUGAAAGAUCAAAUCAAGUUAUUUGAUUCUAAGGGUAGGGAAUACUUAAGGAUACAUGGAAAUGAUAACACAGAAGAAGAACCGGACUUUUUAAUAGACAACUACGACCAUUUUGAAGAAAUACCCAAAAAUCUAAUCAAUUUUGAAGUGAAGUUCCAUCACAUUAUAAAAAUCUUAUACGAUCUCGAUAAAGUUAAUGCCAGAACCAUUAAGGACUACAAGUCGGUAAUAAAUUCAUUGAUUGAAUUAGGUGGAAAUUUGAAUAACUUCUCAUUACAGAUUUAUGAAUCCUCUAGUUAUCAACAAUCCAGGCCUUCUUCUGAGAUCUCGGAACCCAAUAGUUUGAGUUUGGCAAUUGAAAAGUUUGGUUCCACCAUCGAUUCUAACUUUUUGAAUUUAGAGAGUUUUAUUGUUAAUGAUUUAAUACCAGAAUGGCAGGAACCAGUUCACCAACUUGUGCAAUACUACAUUUCAAGUUUGCACCUUAUUAAGUUUUAUAAGUACAAGGUCGUACAGUACAAGUUAUUGUACAAACUCAAAUUUGCCAAGUUCCAAGAUCUCAUGAACUUAUCUACCAACCCAGCAUUAUUAGCAUCUGCAGAUCCGUCAUCGCCAAACUCAGCAUCGAACUUGGACCAUUUGAAGGACUUGAACAGCCCCAGUUUAAACAGCACGUUGGAAAGAAUCGAGGCCAGAAAAAAGAGAGGUGGAUCCUUAGCUACUAAGAAGUCAUGGUACGGUCUUUUUGGUGGCAAUAAUGGAUACAAUAAACAGUUCUCGCAAACCUUACUCAGCAAUGAAGAUGAACCGGUAGUGGCCAACGGAAACGCACAGGGCAAGUACAAAAACGUCGUGAUCAAGAAGGAGUUGAAUAAAUUGAACCAGUUGAUUGAACUUACCAACCAAGAUAUGAUCAAAUUGACUGCACAACUCAGUAAGACUUACGAGGAGUUCUUGGAGAAGUUGGAAAAGAAGUGGCUAGAGUUGAUGAUCAAAUUUAUACAAAAGGGCAAGCAAU